GACUACAUGCUCUACAGAACGGCUGAGGACCGUUGCCGGGUGUCAUUAGCAAGCGGCAAGUAUGGCGGUGGCGCGAGUCGACGGGGCUUUGGCUCCGGGAGAAGGAUCAGUGGUGAACUGGUCAGGGCAGGGACUGCAGAAAUUAGGGGCCAACUUGCCCUGUGAUGCCGAUGUUCACACAUUGAUUCUGGAUAAAAAUCAGAUUAUAAAACUGGAAAAUCUGGAGAAAUGCAAACAGUUAAUACAGUUGUCAGUGGCUAAUAAUCGCUUGGUUCGGAUGAUGGGUGUGGCCAAGCUGACUCAACUCCGAGUGUUAAAUUUACCUCAUAAUAGUAUUGGCUGCAUGGAAGGGCUGAAGGACCUCGUCCAUUUGGAGUGGCUGAAUUUAGCGGGCAAUAAUCUGAAGACCAUGGAGCAAAUCAAUAGCUGUUCAGCUCUGCAGCACCUUGAUUUAUCAGACAACAACAUCCCCCAGAUAGGGGAUGUAUCGAAACUGACAGCUCUGAAGACCUUGCUUUUACAUGGAAAUAUCAUCACUUCUCUCAGAAUGGCACCUGCUUAUCUACCCAGGAAUCUUUCGAUACUGUCUUUGGCAGAAAAUGAAAUCCGAGACUUAAAUGAGAUCUCAUUUUUGGCCUCUUUAAGUGAACUGGAACAGUUAUCAAUCAUGAACAACCCUUGUGUGAUGGCUACCCCGUCCAUUCCAGGGUUUGACUAUCGACCGUACAUUGUCAGCUGGUGUCUGAAUCUCAGAGUGCUGGACGGAUACGUGAUUUCUCAGAAGGAGAGUCUGAAGGCUGAAUGGCUCUAUAGUCAAGGCAAGGGGAGAUCGUAUCGACCUGGCCAGCAUGUCCAGCUUGUCCAGUACCUGGCUACAGUUUGUCCUCUUAUUUCUGCCCUGGGUCUUCAGACUGCAGAGGAUGCCAAACUGGAGAAGAUUCUGAGCAAACAGAGGUUUCACCAGAGGCAGCUGAUGAACCAGAGCCAGAAUGAAGAGUUGUCUCCUAUUGCUGCUGUUGAAACAAGGGUGCCCCGUACACCUGAGUGUUCAAGCCCUGUGCAAGAUUUCCAGGAAAGCGAACCUGUUCUCCAAAUCAAUUCUUGGGUUGGGAGCAGCAGUAAUGAUGAUCAGUUAUAUGCUGUUAAGAAUAACUUCCUAGCCACUACACAUGCUACAAGAUACUCUCGGAAUGACCUUCACCUUGAAGACAUACAGACAGAUGAGGACAAGCUGAACUGUAGUCUGCUCUCUUCAGAGUCCACUUUUAUGCCAGUUGCAUCGGGGCUUUCUCCAGUGUCUCCCACUGUGGAGCUGAGGCUACAGGGCAUUAACUUGAGCCUCGAGGAUGAUGACGGUGCAGAUGAAUUCACGAAAGGACUGGAACACCAGGACUUGGAUAAGGACAGGGAGAAGUCUUUAUGGGAUUCAGAUGUUCAAAUGCUGAAAUGUAAGAUCAGCACAGAAGGAAAUGAGGAAGCUGGGCUGCUACCUUGCCCCAAGUCAGCGAUCAUCACUGCUCUCUUGAAGGAGGAUAACCACAGUCUUACAUCAGGUGGACACAGUGUGUCCCACACAGAACCAAACAGAGAAGAAGUCAUGUCUCCCACCACUUCAGAGAAAUUUCCCUGCAGGAUUUUUACCCAGAGACCUGUUGCUUUGGGACAAGAUAAAGUCCCCCUUCAGAAACUGAAUGCAGCUGCCACUAAGCUUCAGGCCUGUUGGCGAGGCUUUUAUACCAGGAACUACAAUCCACAAGCCAAAGGGGUACGCUAUGAAAUCCGGCUACGCAGAAUGCAGGAGCACAUUGUCUGCCUGACAGAUGAAGUGCGGAGGUUAAGAAAAGAAAGAGAUGAAGAACGUGUGAAGAAUUUUGUGCAAGAGGAGGCUGUCAGGGUCCUUUGGAACGAGGUAAGGGCUCUACAGGCUUGGCAGCAGACAGUGGAACAGCGUCUGGUUUCCUGGCAUUCUGAUGUGCCUCCUAUAUCAAGUACUCUGGUGUCACCCAAGCCUCCGUUACUUCCACAACAGCAGGACCCCUCUUCCGAUCAAAAUUCGGAUUGGCUCAUUAUUGAGGAUGACGCUCCUCAAGAGAAAUCAGCGCCGGACUUUCCCGACUCUGGUUUUCACUCCUCCCUGACAGAACAAGUUCACUGUUUGCAGGAUUCUUUGGAUUUUGAAAAAAGUUCGGUAGAAAGCAGCGAAAACUCGGCGUUGGGGAAUUCCGCUGACACAGUGAAAUACGUCAAAGACCCAGACUCAGAGGCCACAGCUGAGGAGCACAGUGACUGCAGUAAGGAAAGUUCCACCAGUGAGCAGGAUAACACCCUGCUGCAGCAGUAUUUAGCUUCAGUCCAGCAGCUGGAUGACGCGGAUGACAGGGCAGGUCCCGACGAUGUGGCAGGAGACAAUAAGCGUCUCCUAGCUUGUUCUCCGGAAAGGUUGGGUGCCUCUGACAGUGAGGCUCAUAGAGCAUCUCCUACUUUACAGGAGGAAAUUAGCCAGACACCAGAGAAUUGUAAGUUAAACGAGGAAGUCCAAGGGCAGCCUCCAGAAUGUGACGCUGCGUUUCAGGUGCUGCAAGUGGGUGUCACUGUGUAGCCUGUCUGAUUAACUGGGAAGCAGACAUUCCCUUUGAUUUUCUAAUGUUUUCACUUUCUUUUUGCAGGGGAGCAACCCUUUACCCCAUUUUGUUAUUCUUUAGAUACAACUUGUAUUCUUGUCCCACAGUUUUUAGAUAUUAGCUAUUGAACUACGUAUUCAUUUUUGUUGUACUACUGUACUAAACAAAAUAUUAAAAGGAAUAUGCACUUUAUCUCUCAAUAGUUACACUAA